GUCACUGCCACAAACAGGUGGUGUAAACGAUAGCUUGGCUCAGCCCACUCACUUGCCAAACCCUCCAGCAGCUGAGUGUCCAGCCAGAGAGCGGCACAGGCGGCCACUCCACCACCAGCCCAUGGAGCCCCGGCCACUCCUCCUGCUCCUCGGCCUCUGCUCAGCUGGCCUCGUCCUGGGCUCCGAACAUGAGACCCGCCUGGUGGCAAAGCUAUUUGAAAACUACAACAGCGUAGUACGGCCCGUGGAAGACCACCGCAAGGCCGUGGAGGUGACGGUGGGCCUGCAGCUGAUACAGCUCAUCAACGUGGAUGAAGUAAAUCAGAUCGUGACUACCAAUGUUCGUCUGAAACAGCAAUGGGUGGAUUGCAACUUAAAAUGGAACCCAGACGACUAUGGUGGCGUGAAAAAAAUUCACAUUCCAUCGGAAAAGAUCUGGCACCCAGACCUAGUUCUUUAUAACAAUGCAGAUGGUGACUUUGCCAUUGUCAAGUUCACCAAAGUGCUACUGGACUACACUGGCCACAUCACGUGGACACCUCCCGCCAUCUUUAAAAGCUACUGUGAGAUCAUCGUCACCCACUUUCCCUUUGACGAACAGAACUGCAGCAUGAAGCUGGGCACCUGGACCUAUGACGGAUCCGUGGUGGUCAUCAACCCGGAAAGCGACCAGCCAGACCUAAGCAACUUCAUGGAGAGUGGGGAAUGGGUGAUCAAGGAUUCCCGGGGCUGGAAGCACCGGGUGUUCUACGCCUGCUGCCCCUCCACCCCCUACCUGGACAUCACCUACCACUUUGUCAUGCAGCGCCUGCCCCUCUACUUCAUCGUCAACGUCAUCAUUCCCUGCCUGCUCUUCUCCUUCUUAACUGGCCUGGUGUUCUACCUGCCCACAGACUCAGGAGAGAAGAUGACUCUGAGCAUCUCUGUCCUGCUGUCCUUAACCGUGUUCCUUCUGGUCAUUGUGGAGCUGAUCCCUUCCACCUCCAGUGCGGUGCCCUUGAUUGGGAAGUACAUGCUGUUCACCAUGGUGUUCGUCAUCGCAUCCAUCAUCAUCACCGUCAUCGUCAUCAACACACACCACCGCUCCCCCAGCACCCACGUCAUGCCCGAGUGGGUGCGGAAGGUUUUUAUCGACACUAUCCCAAAUAUCAUGUUCUUCUCCACGAUGAAAAGACCAUCCAGAGAAAAACAAGACAAAAAAAUUUUUACAGAAGACAUUGAUAUUUCUGACAUUUCUGGGAAGCCAGGACCUCCACCCAUGGGUUUCCACUCUCCCCUGAUCAAACACCCCGAGGUAAAAAGUGCCAUCGAGGGCAUCAAAUACAUCGCAGAGACCAUGAAGUCAGACCAGGAGUCCAAUAACGCGGCCGAGGAAUGGAAGUACGUUGCAAUGGUGAUGGACCACAUUCUCCUCGGAGUCUUCAUGCUCGUCUGCAUCAUCGGAACGCUGGCUGUGUUUGCAGGUCGGCUCAUUGAAUUAAAUCAGCAAGGAUGAACAGAAAGCUGAGCUGAACCUCAGC